GUUGUGCGGCAACGUUUGUUCGGGCAUCUGUUUUUCCAUCGAAACGCUAUUCGCGUUGUGAAUUCAUAAUUUGCAUAAUUUUAGAUAAUUUCUCCUGAAGCAGUGCGAACCGCGCCGACGGAACGUCGUCAAGAAGGAGACUUAUCUUGGCGAGAAUAUGCGAGAAAUUGCCGUUGUUGCUCUUCUUUUCGUCUGCUGUGUUUUCGUGCAUCCGGUAUUCGCAGUCCGGAGUAAGAAAUCCUCUUCUCCGAGGAAGGAGGCCCUCAAAGACGAAAUGCUACCUUCCUGUGCUGCUUGCAAAAGACUCGUGGAGAGUUUCAAAAAAGGAAUGGAGAAUACGAGUCGUGGAAAGUUUGAGGGUGGAGACAGCGCUUGGGAAGAGGACAAGUUAGGUACUUAUGCUCGAAGCGAGGUACGGCUUAUUGAAAUUCAAGAAAACUUAUGCAAAGAUUUGGAACGGGGAGAAAACCAAUGUCACACGCUAGCCGAAGAUUUUGAAGCAUUUAUAGAAGAGUGGUGGUUUAAGCAGCAGGAUGCCGAGCCAGAUUUAUUUAAAUAUUUAUGUAUCGGAAAGUCUGAGCGAUGUUGUCCGAAGGAUCAUUAUGGUCCUCAGUGUAAACCAUGUUUAGGCUACCCAAAUAAUAUUUGUGGUAAAAACGGAAAGUGUAAAGGAACUGGAACGAGGAAAGGAAGCGGUCAAUGUAUUUGUGAUCCAGGAUAUAAAGGCGAAGAUUGUUCCCAGUGUUCUGUGGGAUAUUAUGAAGCUUAUCGAGGUAAUUCUAUGCUGCUCUGUUCUCCGUGCCAUCCUGCCUGCGAUGGUUCUUGUACAGAAGCUGGACCUCGAAAUUGUGAAAAAUGUCAGAAAGGAUGGCAAAUGGUUGAGAACGAAGGUUGUUUUGACAUAGACGAAUGCAUCGAGAGUAGCAAAUACUGUCCAGGAAAUCAAUUCUGUGUGAAUAAGGAGGGUUCAUAUUCAUGUCUAGGUUGCGAUAUAGCAUGUGAAGGUUGUACAGGAGAUGGCCCUGACAUGUGCAUAAACUGUGCUCAUGGAUACCAUAAAAAAGAUAAUCUAUGCAUUAAUUCAGACCUUCUUGGACGUAAAAAGCAGGAGAACAUAGCAAGAUAUGCAACAUAUUUUGGGCUUUGCGUAGCGACCUGUAUCAUUUUGCAACGUAAUGUAUAUGUGGCGAGUGUAAUUGGACUACUUGUUGGAUUUUACAUAUCAGUGUCCGAAUAUAUGAUAGCCUAUCGCAAUGUUCAAGAUACCACGCCAAAUUUGGAUAUUCUAGGUCCAGCUCAGUAGGUAGAACCAAAUUAUGCUAAUUUUAAGUGAAUUUAUACAUUGGGAAGUGAGUCUUGUCAUUAUGAAUACAGUAUAUGUAACAUA